GACACAGAAGAUUCUGCCCGGAAAAACAGAGUAGCCCCCACUUCUCGCGUGAUUCUGGGUUCACAGCACAGCUCAAACAAGUUUGCAAGAUUUGAGUAGCGACAGUACAGCCUGCGGUCCAUAUCAGCGUCUGUCAUUCAGCACCUUGUUUCUGUUCUGACAACAUGAAGUCCACGUGGCCACUUUCCUCUCUGUGGCUGCUGCUCUUAGAGGUGAGCAGUGUUUCUCUUCAGGAGAGCAACAGGCCUAGUUUUGUCCUGAUAAUGGUGGAUGACCUGGGAAUUGGAGACCUUGGCUGUUAUGGCAAUAACUCACUGAGGACCCCCAAUAUUGACCAGCUGGCAAAGGAAGGGGUGAAGCUGACCCACCACAUUGCUGCAGCAAGCCUCUGCACUCCCAGCAGGGCAGCGUUCCUCACCGGACGAUACCCAGUGCGAUCAGGUAUAGCUGGUCAUAUCAGACCAGGUGUCUUUUUAUUUAAUGCAGCGUCUGGAGGUCUCCCCAGCCAGGAGAUUACUUUUGCCAAGGUUGUCAAACAACAAGGCUAUGAGACUGCUCUUAUAGGAAAAUGGCACCUGGGCCUCAACUGUAAUAGCAGUGACGAUCACUGCCACCACCCUAACAACCACGGCUUCAAUUAUUUCUUCGGCAUCCCUCUGACUAACCUGAGGGACUGCCAGCCGGGACAUGGCACUGUUUUCCAGUUCCAUAAAUAUUUGCCAUACAGAACAAUGGGCAUCGUUUUGCUCACUGCAGUUGUGCUGCACUACAGCGGGGUCAUCAGCAUCGGCAGAAGAUUGAUCCUGAGCUUGAUGUUUCUGGUGCUUUUGGUCACUGGUUUGGCAGUAGUGUUCAUCAUGGUUGUCCCAUACUUAAACUGUAUUCUGCUGAGGGACCACAGUAUUGUGGAGCAGCCAUAUAAGUCUGAAAACAUGACACAGAGGAUGAUCCAUGAGGCAGUGGACUUCAUAGAGAGAAAUUUACACAGGCCUUUCCUGCUGCUUUUCUCUUUCCUCCAAGUCCACACAGCCAUCUUUGCUUCAGCGGCUUUCAGAGGAACGAGCCGCCAUGGUAUCUAUGGGGACGCCGUGCAGGAGGUGGACUGGAGUGUGGGUCAGCUCAUGGAGACGCUGGACAGACUCAGCUUGAGAGAAAAAACUCUUGUUUACCUGACUUCAGAUCAAGGGGCUCACCUGGAGGAAAUCUCUGCCAGAGGCGAUGUCCACGGGGGAUCGAACGGAAUAUAUAAAGCAGGGAAGUCCACGAAUUGGGAGGGAGGAAUCAGGGUCCCUGGAAUUUUACGUUGGCCUGGGAAAAUCCCUGGUGGCAGACAGAUAGAUGAGCCCACCAGCAACAUGGACCUGUUUCCUACUGUGGUGCAGCUGAGUGGAGCUUCAGUCCCAGAGGACAGGGAGAUAGACGGUCAUGACCUCAUGGAUUUGCUACAGGGGAGAGCUGAAAGUUCCAAGCAUGAAUUUCUCUUCCAUUACUGUAAUGCCAACUUGAACGCUGUCAGAUGGCAUCCGCAAAACAGUAGCUCGGUGUGGAAAGCUUUUUACUUCACUCCAAACUUCUACCCAGAAGACAAGAAGGCAUGUUUCCAUACACUUGCCUGCUUUUGCACGCCGGACUACGUUACCUUCCACGAUCCUCCCCUGCUCUUCGAUCUCUCAAAGGACCCAUCAGAGAGCACACCGCUGACCCCAGACACUGAGCCUGCCUUUCACUUUGUCCUGGCCACAAUGAAGGAAGCUGUGAAGAUGCAUCAGCGCUCACUGAAGCCAGUGGAGAACCAGUUAAGUCCAGCGAACCUGAUGUGGAAGCCCUGGCUGCAGCCCUGCUGCUCCACAGUCACACAGCUCUGUCAGUGCCAGCUGUACCAGUAGGCUUCUGUGGAGGCUUCAUUGGAAGAUCCUUGCUGCUGUUUAGUCACACUAAUCUGAAUAUGGACACUUCAUAUGAACUCCUCAAAUCCAUGAUUAAACCUUUGUUUUGUCAGGGUGCAGUCAUCUGAUGCACUGAUUUUAUUUCACUCGGUGUAGUAACAAAAGCUUCAUGUUAUGGCCCUGGCCAUAAUCUGUUUUGGUGGCUGUGUUUUCUUUGUCUGUGUCUUUAAAUCUUUGCAGGCCCUGAUUGGAUGAGCUGACGGCUGCUGAUUGGUCCGCGGAUCAUGUGGCCGCAUUCAAAACCCAUCACCAGCAGUUGUCCCGGGGCAGCCACUGACAGCAGCAGCAGACCUGAUCCUGGCCUCCAAAACCCAUGACAUUUGUUCCUGUGACUUUUGCGAUUUUCUCAGUUUUGUAUAUAGUGUGUACAUUAGUUUUCAUUGUAAAUAGCACUGGAACAUAAGGGGUGAGCUGCCUUAUUGUUUUUCCUUGCACUGUUUUCUCCUGUUUAUCACAGUUAGGGAGUUAGGUGUAGCGCUUGUCUUUUGUUUGGUUUUUGGUUUCACAUAGGGUUUAGACAGCACCUCCUCCUGACUUAGCUUGUUUUGUUUGUUAUUUUGGCCUUUGUUCACCCCAGAGCUUCUUUAUUCCAGUGUAGCAAAAUAAACCACCAUUCAUUGAGAAA